AUGGCUAAUCUCUGCGUAAAGCCAAAAGCAGCUUACGUGAUAAUUACAGUGGAAGCCCAGCGCCUGCUGUUCCAGAUCCACAAGGAAGUGCUCGCGUGGAAGGGUACGGGAGAUGCUGAGGGGUACUUGGUCGCAAUUAAAGACAUUGAGCUAAAAGGAAAUGCUAUCGACAAGUAUGCUCAGCGGGAUCUGAAGAAAGGGCUUCAUUUGUAUGGGACAGAGGGAAAUAUUGGCCUAACUAAUGCCUGGAGCAUCAUUCAAACAGAUUUCAGAUGCUGCGGAGUCUCCAACUACACGGACUGGUUUGAAGUGUACAACACGACCCGGGUGCCGGACUCCUGCUGCUUGGAAUUCAGUGAGAACUGUGGGCUCCACUCCCCAGGGACCUGGUGGAAAGCGCCUUGCUACGAAACAGUGAAAAUAUGGCUCCAGGAAAACUUACUAGCAGUGGGGAUCUUUGGAUUGUGCACAGCCAUGGUGCAGAUUCUCGGACUCACCUUUGCAAUGACCAUGUAUUGUCAGGUAGUCAAGGCAGACACCUACUGUGCGUAGAUACCAUUCCCGAUCUUUCUGCUCCUCCUCCAAAGGACACAGGAGAAA